UCACGUAAUUAAAGAACUUUUUUUUAUUUCAGCAAGACAAAUUGUCUUCUGGCAUAGAGAAAAGGCAACGUAAACUAAAAAGGCAUCUGUCUGAUUAUUGCCGAGUAAAUUAUCAUAAACAAGGACUACCGGGCCUGUACCGUUUCCAAGUAAUCGAAUCUCCUCAAAUCGUUUUUUGCAUGGUCCCUAAAGUGGCUAGUCGUCAAUGGAGGAACAUAUUUAAACAACUGCGACUGCGCAAAGAGCAAAUGCGAGCCAACCUGGAUCAAUACAACGCAACAGACAUCUGCAAUUACCUGACGAAAUCAUACAAGUUUAUGUUCGUGCGCGAACCUUUUGGGCGUUUGUUGUCAGCUUACAAGGAUAAGUUCGUUUACACAAGGCCAGUUGAUCGACAUCUGCUCGAAAUUUACGGCAGAAAGAUUAUACGGGAUUUUCGUCCAAACGCCACCCAACAGGCAUUGCGAACUGGCCAUGACGUCACUUUCCCAGAAUUCAUAGAGUAUAUUCUGAAAGAAGGUAUUCAUGAGGGUCUAAACUGGCAUUGGAAUACGUAUGACGAUCAGUGCAGGCCUUGUAGUGUGAAAUACAACUUUAUAGGACGCUUUGAAUAUCUUCCCCACAACGCGAAUUAUGUAUUGAAGAAGGCUGGAGUAUAUAACUUGCUAAAGUUUCCGAGUGAGAAUAAUUAUUCCAGGAGGCGUGAUGAGUUGCUAAAGUAUUAUUCCCAGAUCCCUCUGGGGUGGAUUGUUCAGCUGCGGAGAGUUUACCACAGCAAUUUCGAGAUGUUUGGUUAUCCGUUUCCAGGCCCCCUCCAGGCCUUGUUUAAGAACGUCACUGGUCAGAUUGGUAGAACCGACCAAGCUGAAGUGUCUGAUCAGGUUGGUAUAACUGGUCAAACCGGUAUAACUCCUUAGAGUGGACAGGGUAGACAGUUUAGUAUAACUUGUCUGACAGGACAGACUGGUUUGCUUUGUUUAAUUGAUCAGACUGGUAAACCGUUAGGAAGAGGAAUUGCCCUCUGAAGUUGUUGUAUUCUUGGGUUUCACCCACGUGACCAAUAGCUUAGCAACGGUUACUAUCCGCCAUCUUGGUGUCCCUCAAGCGUAAACAAACCGUAUCCAAAGGAGAGUUCAUGUGAGAAGGAAGAGAUGGUUUUAUGCUUUUUUUUUUUGGCUGUUCGAGCAAAAGUGGACAUCAUAAAGGCUUAGGGUUUUUUGGUAUAUCUAAGAUUAUUACAAAUCAAGGGGAAGAACAGGAGGAACUCACUACUAGGAGGAGAAAUUAGUGGAUUUCUGGGGUGAGUCGCGGCGACGCUACAAACAAGAGAGUGUUAGAGAGUGAACGAGUUUGUAGCAAACGCUUCGCUCAGAAACUACCGGAACAGAGCGGCUUUGGUCGAAAGACUGGUGAAUAAUUAGCUUUAAACAGAAACAUAGAACUAAAUCAGCAUUAUAUUUGAUACAUAUUAUGCCGAAAUAAAGGGUGAAUAAUUAGCUUUUAAAAUACUGAACAGAAACGGAAAGUCGAAAGACUGGUCGGCAAAAGGAUCAAUUAAAAUUAAAGCUACUGCUUUAAUUUUAGUUUGGCAUAAAGCUGAACCAUUUCCUCUUUCGAAGGCACCGAUGCGCGCUGCAUACGUUGAGGCGCUGGCUGAUGCAGUCCCAGAACUAGAAGCUGCGGCAUGGUUCGACGCUUGCGGCUGUUGUAGAUCCUCAAUUUUCUGGUUGAGCUUUUCUUUGAGCUUGUUAGCCGAUGAAAAAUCGAUGUUCUGGGCCCUCGCAUCCGGCACUUCAUUGACAUAUGUCGACAAAAUCCACGAGUAUUUUACCUGUGUGCAAGCGAGCUUGCCAUGAAUUCGCAUUUCGUUAAAAAUUUUUGGCUUAUUAU